GGGAGCAUUAGGUGGGUUUUGUCCGUUUUGUUUUGUCGCUUCCGUUAGCUCGGCCUCUCAGUAUGCGGAACUCCCUGCAGGCUUCUAGUGCUGCUGAUGAUGAUGAGGAGGAGGAUGUUGUGAAGGCAGGUUGUAACUGACCGAGCCACACGUUUCACUGAGCAGGCAGGCGGACACGUAUUUCGCAUAAUUUGUUAUGUUCCGGGACACUCAAACGGAGUGGCUAACCUUUUCAGCGGUUGUCCGCGCUCGAUGUUUUCAAUGAUAAAAGAAGGAUUGAAUUCUGACAAACAUCGCUGCCUCUCCGCCGUGACCGAGGAGAGCUCCCACCAUCCAGGCCGUCAUCGGCAGCUGGCUGGCUUGGCAGCGAGCAUUAGCGGCUAACCGGCUAACGUAGAUUGGACCCAGUCUUCUUCUUUUGUGGUUUUUUUUUUUUUUUCGAAUCAUCAUAAUGAUAGUAAAGGAGCUGCAUUUCAAGUAUACACCUGAGCUUUGUCACUUGUGAUGGAAAGGUACCCUUAACUCAAGAGGCGACGUAUAUCCUGGAUGCUGUGACAUACAGGACAUGGUCUGUCCAACAUGGAGAAAAAGAAAAUGUGCCCCCGCCUUCUCGACUACUUGGUAGUGGUUGGAGCAAGGCAACCUACUAGUGACAGUGUGGCCCAGACCCCUCAGCUUCUCCGACGCUACCCACUGGAGGACCACCAAGACUUUCCGCUCCCACCAGACGUGGUUUUCUUCUGCCAACCGGAGGGCUGCCUGAGUAUACGCCAGCGCAGGGUCAGCCUUCGCGAUGACUCCUCUUUUGUUUUCACCCUGACUGACAAGGACUCGGGAAUUACUCGCUACGGAAUCUGUGUCAACUUCUACCGUUCCUUUCAGCGAGGACAUCAUCGUACUCGAGGAGAGAAGAGCAGUCACGCUGAGACAGCAGAACAGGCAACAGAGACCACAAGCGAAGGGUCUGAUAGUGGUGGGGGUGGAGUUCCACACCGUGUGGUUUCUCCACCCAAGAAUGCAGAGUCAGUACCUCCGCCUGCUUCUGGAGAAGAGGGUGGACAGCAAGGUGCUGAGCAAAAUGCCGGCAAGUCCCCGCAGCACAAACGGAGUGCUGCUAAGGUGGCAGCCAGGAACCGCAACAGCACACUGACCUCUCUGUGCAUACUCAGCCAUUACCCCUUCUUCUCCACCUUUAGGGAAUGCUUAUAUAUUCUCAAGAGGUUAGUGGACUGCUGCAGUCAAAGGCUAACACAACGGGCGGGGCUUCCUCGUGCCACCCAGAGGGACACCAUGUGGCGUGUGUUUACCGGUGCGUUGUCGGUGGAAGAGAAAGGCAGCCAGCUGCUGGCCGACCUGCGGGAGAUCGAAUCCUGGGUGUACCGGUUGCUGCGUUCACCAGUGCCAGUGGCGGGUCAGAGACGUGUGGAUGUGGAAGUGCUGCCCCAUGAGCUCAAAAGGCCACUCACCUUUGCCCUACCUGACAGCUCUCGCUUCUCCAUGGUCGAUUUCCCGCUGCACCUGCCCUUAGAGCUGUUGGGUGUGGAUGCCUGUCUUCAGGUCCUCAGCUGUGUCCUGCUAGAGCACAAAGUCAUUCUUCAGUCCCGAGAUUAUAAUGCUUUGUCUAUGAGCGUCAUGGCCUUUGUGGCCAUGAUUUACCCACUGGAGUACAUGUUCCCAGUCAUUCCCUUACUGCCAACAUGUAUGGCCUCUGCUGAACAGCUCCUUCUUGCUCCUACUCCCUACAUUAUAGGUGUACCCGCCAGCUUCUUCCUCUACAAAUCCGACUUCAAAAUGCCAGACGAUAUUUGGCUUGUUGACCUUGACAGCAGCAAGGUUAUAGCACCUACCAAUGCAGAGCUUCUACCACCUCUUCCAGAGCCUGAAGCAGGCGAGCUUAAGAAACAUCUAAAACAGUGUCUGGUUAGGUUGACCGUGAUCACCCAAAAGCAGAUCUUCUCCUCUGAGAAUAAGGCUUUGACCAGCAUGAGUUUGAACACCCAGCCAAUUCUCAACCUGGAGAAGUUUCAGGAAGGUCAGGAGAUGCCCCUGCUCCCACCUGGACGAGAUAAAGCUUCGCCAUCAUCCACCGAAUUCAACCCUCUAAUUUAUGGCAAUGAUGUCGAUUCUGUGGAUGUAGCUACCAGGGUGGCCAUGGUACGGUUUUUCAACUCUCCAAAUGUUCUUCAGGGGUUCCAGAUGCACACUCGCACUUUGCGCCUCUUUCCGCGGCCAGUGGUUGCUUUUCAGUCGACGUCUUUUCUUGCAUCUCGGCCAAGACGCUCUACCUUUGCAGACAAGCUUUCGCACACCCAGGCCGUAGAGUUCUAUGGGGAGUGGGCUCUCAAUCCCACAAACCUUGCCUUUCAGAGAAUCCAUAACAAUGUGUUUGACCCCUCCUUAAUUGGAGACAAGCCCAAGUGGUAUGCACAUCAGCUGCAGCCAGUGGUCUACAGAGUAUAUGAUGGAAGCUCCCAACUGGUUGAGGCUAUGGCUGGCCCGCUGGAGGAUGAAGGCAAUGAGUCUGACCCCACAGACAGCGGCAGUGACAGUGAGGCUUACGACGACUCCAGCUCAUCCUAUUCCUCACUUGGAGACCUAGUGAGUGAGAUGAUUCAAGGUGACAUCCAGGGAGACACACCAAGCUUGGACCCGCCUACCCAUGCAGCACUGGGAGAUGCUAGUGAGGUUGAGUUUCAAGACUACCAUGACUUCAGGGAAGGGCAUGGCCCUGAAGGCCCACCCAGUGGGGACGGACCUGCUGAGCCUUCUGAUGGACAGCCUCUUCGCUCAAGCUCUAGCACAACUGCAAGCUCAAGCCCCAGCACAAUCAUCCAGGGGGUCAACCAUGAGCAAGGGGAAGUACCUGAAAUUGAGGCAUCAGCAAGCGCUGCUUUACAGAACCCUGUGCCGGGAUUGGCCAAUCAGCCGUUCCUCAGACCUGCAGCUGAUGCUGGUCUGGUGGAGCAAGCCAACAAAAAGCAAGAGUAUGACAACCCAUACUUUGAGCCUCAGUAUGGCUUCCCCUCAGAGGAUGACCCUGAUGCAGAAGAGCAAGUGGAAUCAUACACCCCUCGAUUCAACCAGAACCUCAAUGGCAACAAGGCACAGCGUCCUUUACGCCCCAGUAGCCUGAGGCUCCCAGGAGAGUCCGAUGGGGAGGGAGACUCACGUAACAGUUCACCAAACUCCACCAUUUCCAACAACAGCAACGAUGGAUUUGGAGGACUCAUGUCCUUCGCCAGCAAUCUCUACAAGAACCACGGCACAAGUUUCAGCUUGUCCAAUCUUGCCCUUCCUAAUAAGGCAGCAAGGGAGAAAUCAACACCGUUCCCCAGCCUAAAAGAAUAUUUUAAUUUUGAUAUUGAGGAGGAAGUGGAGCAAGCAGUAUUUGGGCUAAAUUCUCUAAUGGAGAUAAUUACAGAGGCCGGCCCGGGGAGCGGAGAAGGCGCACGCGCACCUCGAGCACUUGUUGACCAGAAGUCUUCAGUGAUCAAACACAGUCCGACUGUGAAAAGAGAAUCGCCCUCUCCUCAGGGCCGGGUAAACAACACGAGUGAGAACCAGCAGUUCCUUAAGGAAGUAGUGCAGAGUGUUCUGGAUGGUCAGGGAGUGGGCUGGCUCAAUAUGAAAAAGGUGCGCCGCCUGUUGGAGAACGAGCAGCUUCGUGUGUUUGUGCUGAGUAAGCUGAACAGAGCCGUCCAGUCGGAGGAAGACGCCAGGCAGGAGAUCAUUCGGGAUGUGGAGGUGAACAGGAAGGUGUACAAAGGCAUGUUGGACAUCUUGAAGUGCACCGUUUCCAGUCUGGAGCACUCCUACACUAAUGCAGGCCUCGGGGGAAUGGCCAGUGUAUUCAGCCUGCUGGAAAUAGCACGUACACAUUAUCAAACCAAAGACCCAGAAAAGCGCAAGCGAAGCCCCACAGACAGUGCUGGCAGCCCAGGGAGUAAAGAGAGUCCUUCUGGUCGUAUGGAGACUGCCAGACCUCAGGGCCUUCUGAAUAUUCCCCACCUGCAGCUGCCACACCACACAACGGGCAAAGGAGCCCGCCAUUUUGAUACCCGGAGUCUGAAUGAGGAGAACUUUAUUGCCUCGAUUGAAUUGUGGAGCAAGCACCAGGAUAAGCAAAAAGCUAUGGAAAAACAACAGAGGUCAGAAGGAGCAAAGCAGCAGCGCCCCCAGGUGACAGAUGCAGAGGAGAAGAAGUCCCAAAUCAGUGCUGAUAGUGGCCUGAGUGUAACAUCUGGAUCUCAGAAGAGUGACACUGAAUCUGUAGCAAGCUCAGAGCCACCGAUCCUGACAAGGAGCACCAGCCAGGAGUCAGAGGCCAGCACAGUGAUAAGCAAUAGCUCUGGAGAGACUCUCGGAGCUGACAGUGAUCUGAGCAGCACAGCAGGCGAUGGCCUUGGCGGGAGAACCGCCCCCCAUUUAACUCAGUCCAGGGGGACUCUUUCUGACAGCGAGAUUGAAACCAACCCAGCCACCAGCUCAGUGUUUGGGAAGACCCACACUCUGAAACCUGGUGUAAAAGAUCAUUUACCUGCCUUGGCAAAGGUGCUACCUGCACAGCCCAUCGAGGACACUAGUAUGAGGAUUUACCUUUUCGAAGGCCUGCUGGGCCGUGAUAAGAGCUCCGUUUGGGAUCAACUAGAGGAUGCUGCCAUGGAAACCUUUUCACUAAGUAAGGAGCGCUCCACACUUUGGGACCAGGUGCAGUUCUGGGAGGAUGCCUUCUUAGAUGCUGUUAUGUUGGAGCGUGAGGGCAUGGGCAUGGACCAAGGACCCCAGGAGAUGAUUGAAAGAUACCUGUCACUGGGAGAACAUGACCGCAAGCGCCUGGAGGAUGAUGAAGACAGACUUUUGGCCACCCUGCUGCACAACAUGAUUGCAUACAUGCUAAUGAUGAAAGUGACCAAAAAUGACAUCAGGAAGAAAGUGAGGCGCCUGAUGGGCAAGUCCCACAUCGGCCUCACGUAUAGCCAAGAGAUCAACGAGAUACUUGACAAACUGGCUCAAAUGAACGGCCGAGAGCUGUCCAUCAGGCCCAGCGGAAGCCGUCACAUCAAGAAACAAACAUUUGUUGUUCAUGCUGGCACUGAUACUACAGGAGACAUCUUUUUCAUGGAGGUUUGCGAUGAUUGCAUAGUCCUGCGCAGCAACAUCGGUACCGUUUAUGAACGCUGGUGGUACGAGAAACUCAUCAACAUGACCUAUUGCCCCAAGACCAAGGUGCUGUGUCUCUGGAGACGCAACGGCCAAGAGACGCAGCUGAAUAAGUUCUAUACCAAAAAGUGUCGUGAACUUUACUACUGUGUUAAAGACAGUAUGGAAAGGGCUGCAGCAAGACAGCAAAGCAUUAAACCAGGUCCCGAACUGGGCGGCGAGUUCCCCGUCCAGGACAUGAAGACUGGUGAAGGUGGACUACUGCAGGUCACACUGGAGGGAAUCAACCUUAAAUUCAUGCACAGCCAGGAGCGGAAGGUUUUCAUAGAGCUGAGUCACAUUAAAAAGUGCAAUACAGUGAAGGGAGUCUUUGUCCUGGAGGAAUUUGUUCCUGAAACUAAAGAAGUGGUGAUCCACAAGUACAAGACCCCGAUGGUGAGUCCUCUCUUCCUUUAUCUGAAAUCAUGAAUACAUACAGCUAUGUGACUGCCGAAUGCCAGUGACAA